UUGUUAUUGCGUAAUAAAAUAAAUAUUUAAUUAUAGCGCGCAUAUGGUUUAUCAGAAGGAACUGCUGCUGUGGCAUUGACAAGUCUUAAUAGUAAUCGUGAUGAGGUUUUAGGAGGAUUUAUGGAACCCAUUGCUGGUAUAGAGGUGAAGAUUAUUGAUAGUGAAGAUCAAUUAGUUCCAAGAAAUGUAACAGGGGAAAUCUGCACAAGAAGUCGUUUGGUGUUCCAGGGUUAUUGGGGAGAUCAAGAAGCAACAGCAAAAGCAAUCGAUAAAUUUGGCUGGCUUCAUACUGGUGACAUUGGUAUUAUGAAUGACAAAGGAUGGAUAAAUAUUGUUGGAAGAUUUAAAGAUAUUGUGAUUCGGGGUGGAGAAAAUAUAUGUGUCAUAGAAAUUGAAAAUUUUUUGAGUUGUCACCCUGCUAUCUUAGAAUCUUAUAUAUGUGGAGUUCCUGAUGAACGAUUAGGAGAAGAAUUAUGUUGUUGGAUUCAUGUUAAACCUGGAAUGACCCUGACCGAAGAAGAUGUAAGAAAAUUCUGUCAAGGAAAGAUAAGCUACUACAAAAUUCCUCGUUAUAUUUUGUUUGUUGAUGAAUUUCCAAAAACAAAAACCGGAAAAGCCCAGAAACAUGAAAUGGCUAAAAUAUCAAUAGAAAAAUUAGGUUUGUGAUGUAAAUUGCCUGUAUUGGAAUGAAUAGGUUUUAUAUAUAA